GUGUGAAGAGGUGUUUUCUGUUCAGAAAGAGGGCACUCACAACUUCAUCAAAGUUCUUCCAGUUCUGUGUUUGUGGUACUGGUAGGGGUUUUUACAGAGUCCAGUUGACAAAUCCUAGAAUAGAUCCAUGGACACAUAAAAAGACUGCAAUGUUGUGCAAACAUUUACAUCAACUCUAACCCAGCCCCUCUCUGCAUUAUGGUUUAAAAAUGCAAUGACAACCAACAACUACUCUGCAAAGUUCCUCCAGGAGGUGUCUCGCAUACAAUGAACGAGAAGUUGUUCAAGGUCAUCAUAGUUGGUGACUCCCGAGUUGGAAAGACUGCAUUUGUAGAUCGUUAUGUUCAUAAUAGAUUUAAUGAUAACUACAAGACAACAGUAGGAGUUGAUUUUGCCCUGAAGAAGAUCCAAAGAUCAGAGGAUGAACUUAUUAGAGUUCAGCUAUGGGAUAUUGCAGGAGGAUGUAAAGCAUUUUUCGAAGACGAAAAAGCUGGUCAGGAGAGGUUUAGUAGUCUGACGAGAGUAUAUUACAAGGAUGCAUCUGCUUGUGUCAUCAUGUUUGAUGUCACUUCUAUCAAGUCAUUUGAGCAUGUAGUCAGAUGGAAGAAUGAUGUUGAUUCUAAAGUCUUCCUGCGAGAUAUGAGUCCAGUACCUUGUCUGCUACUUGGUAAUAAGUCUGAUCUGGAUGAACAUAAGGUAUCGGAUGAAGAGGUUAAAGCUAUGUCUCAAGAUCAUAACUUUGUCGGCUGGAGCAAGAUAUCGGUCAAAGAUAGCUACAAUGUUGAAGAACCCAUGAUGUUCUUGGUUGAGGAGGUUGUAGCGAGGCUUCAGUCCAGAGGUAAAGGGUCCAUUGCUGCAGAUUUUACUGACGACGACGGAAGGAUUAAACUGCCUCAUACUUACGACAAACAAAGCAAGUGUUGCUGGAUUUUUUAAUGAUAAAUAAUAACUCAAACAGGGUCCGAAUUCAUAGAGCUGCAGAAAAAAUUGCUUAGG